ACCAUGGCAGACUUUCUGAAAGGCUUGCCCGUCUACAAGAGCAACUUCAGCAGGGUCCACUCGGACUCCGUGUGCAAGGCCUCGAACCGCCGUCCCUCAGUGUACCUGCCGACCCGAGAGUACCCGACAGAACAGAUCAUUGUGACAGAAAAGACGAACAUCCUCCUGCGGUACCUGCACCAGCAAUGGGACAAAAAGAAUGCCGCCAAGAAGAGAGACCAAGAGCAGGUGGACGCAGAGGGUGAGCGCUCAGCGCCACCCCGCAAGGUGGCCUGGACUGACAGCCCUGACAUGCCCGAGGACACCCAGGCCCCGUGCCCGCGUGUGUAA